UGACACGAGGAUGAUCUGCUGCUGUCUCGACGCAUGAGAGUCCAGCUCUGCUUCUCCUGCCGCUGGACAUCCAGACUGAAGUUCUGCUCAACAGCUGGAGAUUAUGUUCAGAGGAGUUUUAAAGGAGGAGCCCCUUCAUGAACUCUCAGACUGUGGUGUGGAGCAGAAGCUGUUCUAGCGUGCUGAAGAUUGUGCUCUUUUAAAAUUGACGGGACUCUGAGAGAGAGAGAGAGAGAGAGAGAGAAAGAGAGAUCAUGGCUGGAUGUUGCAUGUCUGCGGAGGAGAAGGAACGGCAGAGGAUAAAUCAGGAGAUAGAGAAACAACUGAGAAAAGACAAGAAAGACUCGCGUAGAGAACUCAAACUACUGCUGCUAGGCACAGGUGAGAGUGGCAAGAGUACGUUCAUUAAACAGAUGAGGAUCAUUCAUGGCUCUGGUUAUACUGAUGAAGAUAAGAAGGGCUUCAUUAAGCUCGUCCACCAGAACGUGAUCAGUGCCAUGCAGUCCAUGGUCAGAGCUAUGGACAUGCUGAAGAUCGCAUAUGCUAACGCAGAAAACCAGGCUAAUGGUACACUGGUGAAUGAUAUUGAGGUGGAUAAGAUCAUGAGUUUGGACGAGGCCCAAUUCAGCGCCAUCCGGAGUCUAUGGAACGACACUGGGAUUCAGGAAUGCUAUGACCGCCGGCGAGAGUACCAGCUAACUGACUCUGCCAAAUACUACCUGAGUGAUCUGGAUCGGAUUUCAGACGCUGCGUACGUCCCCACAGAGCAGGACAUUCUGAGAGUCAGGGUUCCCACCACAGGUAUCAUCGAGUAUCCCUUCGACCUGGAGAACGUCAUCUUCAGGAUGGUGGACGUCGGGGGUCAGCGAUCUGAGCGCAGGAAGUGGAUUCACUGCUUUGAGAACGUCACCUCCAUCAUCUUCCUGGUGGCUCUGAGCGAGUACGACCAGGUCCUGGCUGAAUGUGACAAUGAGAACCGGAUGGAAGAGAGUAAAGCUUUGUUUAAAACCAUCAUCACAUAUCCUUGGUUCCAGCAGUCGUCUGUGAUUCUCUUUCUUAAUAAGACAGACAUCCUGAAGGAGAAGAUCGUGCACUCUCACCUGGCCACCUACUUCCCAGAAUUCACAGGCCCCAAAAAUGAUCCAAAGUCAGCCCAGGAGUUUAUUCUUAAGAUGUACAUGGAUGAAAACGAAGACAAAGACAAAACCAUCUACUCUCACUUCACUUGUGCCACAGACACGGAGAACAUCCGCUUGAUCUUCGCAGCUGUGAAAGACACCAUCCUCAGACACAACCUCAAAGAGUUCAACCUGGUUUAAAGUCAACAACUAGUCCUCAUCCUGGAGGACAAUCCCAGUCCUGCUCUCUUCUGUUGAUCUGUUGAGUAGAUUUAGCUCUCACAUUAGCUUAACAUUGUUCUAUUGUUGACUAAGGACUUAUAUAAGGAAGUAUCUAGGAGAAUGGCCUAAUGGAUUAGAUGUCAAGCCUUGAUCUACCAUUACAAGGCUGAACCUUUUUUUCAGUCGUGUUUAGGUCCUCUGAUAGAUGGGUAGGUUUCAUCGACAACAGAUGUUGCCAUUUUGCUCUUUAUGUGAGUAGAGUUUACAAGGGAUGCUACUUAGGAGGGUUUAAGGCACAUGUAAAAAAUGUUUUCCUGAUGUAAUAGAUCAAACUCUUGAAGACUCCUUGAAGCAUGUAAAGGCAAAAAAGAUGGAGAAGUUUACAUUUUAAUUUAAAAAUAUGGAUUUUUUUUUAAACAUGCUAUGAAAUUUCCUUUAUGCAGUUGUAACGCAAGCCUGAAUCAUG